AUGGGCAGGCAAGACAUCGGCGCCAACAACCAUGAGGAAAAUUAUCGAACUGAUGACGAAUACGAGGACUUUUUGAUAAGUAAAAUAGUCAUUUUUCAAUUUGUCACCGCAUUUGGAUCGCUUUUCUACAUCGCGUUCUAUUUGAAGGACAUGAAAAGACUACAAGAGACACUUGCAACACUUCUGAUCACCCGUCAGAUUACGCAGAACGUCAUGGAGACGGCUGUCCCUUUUCUCAUGGAGAAGGUGAAACUCAGCCGACUCGCCUACAGAAUGACCAAGUCAGUUAUUCCUGGCCAGUCUUUGCUUUUCUAA